AUGGAAGCUCUAAGGAAAAAGAGGGCAAUUAUCAAAUCAACCUUAACGCUUUUCAAUAAUUAUUUGGACAUGUUUAUAUCGUUGUCAGAUAUUGAGGACUUACAGUUACGAUUAGACAAAGCCAUUCCGUUAUUGAAUAAAUUCGAAGCAAUGCAAGAGGAAAUAGAAUCACUUGAUGAAGUCGAUUUAGAUGAAACCGUUCGAACGCGUGAAGAUUUUGAACGUGAAAAACAUUUACGCGAAGAAGAGGAAAUUAACAUUUCCGAAGAUAGCUACCAUAAGGUAAUUGGUAAAGCAAAAGGAUUUAUAAUGAGUAAGCAAUCCAUUGUACCUUCUUUGGAAUCGGUAUCUCGUAGUGCUACCGAAUCGCCAGCACUGCAUUCAGAAGCGGGCCCAAUAGGGGCAUUUGAUCGCACUAUAGAGGCUCUAGGUGUUUCAGAAGCGAAUUAUUUGUUAGCGUGGGAAGGGUUAAAGUCUCGUUAUGAAGAUCCGAACACUUUAAUUCACCACCAUGUUCAAGCACUAUUCGAAGCUCCCGUUUUGACACGCGAAUCAACAUAUUCGAAAUUGCGUCAGUUGUUAGAUAACACGAAUAAUCACUUACUUGCAUUAAGAACGUUAGGAAAGAGAACGGAAUACUGGGACCAGCUAAUCAUUUAUUUAUUAACAUCGAAAUUGAAUAUUUACAUGAAACGCGAAUGGGGAAGAACAUUGGCGAAUUCGACAACAGAGCCAACCUUCAAAGAGUUCAGCAAUUUUCUAGAAAGGCAUAUCAAAUUUUUGCAAAAUUCUGAGACUGAUAAAAUAAAAUUUAAUGAUGUUAAAAUUAAAAAAGUUAAUGUACCAUCGAUUCCCACAAAGUUAAAGCAAGUGAAAACAUACACAACAGUCGCGAACAAAAAGGCAUGCAUUGUUUGUAAAGGGACACAUCCGAUUUACACGUGCGAAGUUUUCAAGAGUAUGCCGACGGCCGCUCGUUUGCAGAAAAUCAGGGAACAUCAAUUAUGUUUUAAUUGUUUGGGUGAUGGUCACAGAAAUCGAGAGUGUACCUUCGGACCUUGCCGAAAGUGCGGCAAGAAGCAUAAUUCUCUGAUUCAUUUAGACAACCCAAGUGUAAAUACCACAGGGUCGUUGCAGGUACAAGUUACAGGUGCUCCUACUGAAGGUUUAAAGCAGGUAGAAAAUACCAUGCAACCGAGCGAAGGCACGUCAAGUCCUUCAGAGGUCAUAAACCAAUCAUUAACAGCUCGCGUCAUACAAAAAGGGACAAAGGUUACAAUGUUAUCUACAGCCAAAUUAUAUAUUUAUGAUUGCCGUGGACAAAGGCAUGAAUGCAGAGCACUUUUGGAUUCAGGAUCUGAACUGCAUAUUAUGACUACCGCAUUAUUCAAUCGUUUAGGACUUUCAAAAACAAGAAGCAACCUCGCUCUUACGGGUAUUGAACAAGGAUCAGUACACGUAAAUUAUGUAGCCACAAUGAAAAUCGGUUCCCGGACUACUAACUUCUCAGCAACCAUCACUUGUGUUGUAUUAGACAAAAUAAGCAGUAAUAUUCCCAGUACACAUAUUAACACAACGGAUAUACAGAUACCAAAGGGUUUGGAAUUGGCUGAUCCAGAUUAUAAUUGUUCUGGACCAGUAGAUUUAAUUAUAGGUGCUUCAUUGUUUUUGCGACUCCUUUCAGUAGGGCAAAUCUUCAUUAAAGAUACUGAAUUAGUUCUCCAUAAGACUGUACUUGGAUGGAUUAUUGCCGGGAAUAUAUGUCUCAAUUCUCCGAGGAAAUUAGUAUGUAAUUUAGUCAAGAAUCAAGAUUUAGAUAAUCAACUUGAACGUUUUUGGAAGCUGGAGCAUUGUUUUAUACCAACUAAUUCAACCACAAAAACAAAGGACUAUAGUGAACAACAUUUUAUUCAAAGUGCAAAACGAGAUGAAACCGGACGUUUCAUAGUUAGCAUCCCAUUUAAGAAUAAUGUAUCAGAAUUAGGAGAUUCUCUGAAAGGAGCAGAAAAAAGAGUCUAUGCCAUGGAACGGAAACUAUCAAAAAAUCCAGAACUCAAGAAACAAUAUACCGCCUUUAUGGAAGAAUACGAAGCACUUGGACACAUGACUGAAAUAUCGCCAUCGAAGUACACAAAUACAUCGCAUUUUUAUUUACCACAUCACGCAGUCGUUAAGGAAGACAGUACAACAACCAAGCUACGUGUUGUUUUUGAUGGCUCGUCGAAGAGUUCCUCAUCAUUGUCACUUAACGAUGUGCAACACAUUGGACCAACAGUACAGGAUGACCUUUUUACAAUAUUGGUACGGUUUAGGAAACAUAGUUUUGUAUUAUCCGCGGACAUUGCAAAAAUGUACAGGCAGAUUUUGGUUAACGAGCGUGAUAGAGCAUUCCAAUUAAUUUUAUGGCGAUCAGACAUCAACACGCCAAUGAAAUAUUACGAAUUGAAUACCGUAACUUAUGGCACGGCUUCUGCACCAUUUUUAGCAACGCGUUGUUUACAACAACUGAGCGACGAAUUAGGGGAAAAGGAUCCAAUUACAAGUUAUGUUAUACGUCAUGAUUUUUAUGUGGACGACUUGUUAACUGGCACGGAUAGCGUUGAUGACGCAAUUAGAUUAAAAACUAAUUUAUCGAACACUCUGAGUUCAGCAGGGUUUGAAUUAAGGAAAUGGGCCAGUAACGACCUUCGCCUUGUAACAGGCAAUAAGAACGCCCCCAAGGAGGCAAUUCCUUUGUUGGAUAAGGACCCCAAAACGUUGGGAUUAUUUUGGGAUCCUGUUACUGAUGUACUGAAAUACAAUGUAAAGUACCUAGAUUAUAAAAGAAUUACCAAACGUACUGUAACGUCGAUAAUAGCGCAGAUAUUCGAUCCUCUUGGACUUGUUGGUCCAACUGUAAUUAAGGCAAAAAUUAUAUUGCAGAAAUUAUGGGAACUCCGACUUGAUUGGGAUGAAUCUCUGCCUCAGGAGCUACAUACAUUGUGGCAAAGUAUUUAUAAGGAAUUAAGAAAUAUUAAUAAUAUAAGCAUACAGCGUCAUGUUAUAGAUAAGAACGUUAGUCAAUUACAGUUUCAUGGAUUUUGCGAUGCUUCAGAAUCGGCAUAUGGAGCAUGUAUUUAUAUUCGGACUCGAACUAGGAAUAAUAAAUUUAUAGUUCAUUUAUUAUGUGCGAAAUCGAGAGUAGCACCAUUAUUGUCUAAUUGCUAAAAACGUAACAGAUUAUCGCAUAAAAAGGGCUGACC